AAUGGAACAAAAAAGGAACAGAUCCAUGUUGAGGUCCCGUGCACUUGUUGAACUUGAAUUGUCAAAUGUUGUUGCCUCAGGCAUGAAUAUCCUGCGCUGGCACUAACCUGGAGUCGGUAAGCGGGUGAUAUCAGACCGGAAGGUCAACUUCAUCCCGCACUACAAUUAUGCGGCGGUAAAUCUCGCUCUCCUGUUACCCCAUCCUCCUGCAUCCACGUCCCGCUGAAGAUGUCCUUCUUCGGCUUUGAUACGACCCUGCCGAGGGAUCGAGGUGGACAGAGGGGUAUUUUUGAUACCCCUGACCCGUUUGCCGAAGUCGCUCGCGCCCGAGUGGAAGGACAUCAUGACGACGAUGAUGAUGUAAUUGAUUUCGAGGAUACGUAUGAUGGUCUGGGAGAUCAGCUCGAUGAUGACCAGGAUGCGUUUAACGACGAUACGUUCGGCGAGGAGCUCGGCUCUGGCCAUGUCGGCAAGGACUUUGACUUCUUCGGGAAGACUGCCCAGGUAGCCGAUGCGAUUGGAGAGGAGCAGGUCCGUUAUAGCCUACAGAAGCCCCAAGCUCCUGCUGUCGCCCCUGUCGCCGAGGUACCCGUUGAGACUCUUGCUACGAGCACCGCAGCCCAGAAGCCCAAGCGCACGGGAUAUGAGAAAUAUUCGGACCCGGAUUACAUCCCUGAUCUCCAAGCGAAAUCUAGUGUAUGGAAUCUGCAGAAGAAGCCCGAGUCCACCCCCUCGCCCGCGCCCGCGCCCGCAGCCAUGGCCCAGCCGGCGUUGCAGACCAGGAAGAUGUUGAGUUUGGAGGAAGUGGAAGCGCAGUUGCGUUACCAGGGCAUUGGACCCGCGCCAGGCUUACCCCCAGUGUCCCUUCCUCACUCGAUGGCUGAAGCACUCCAUCCUCUGCAGCGGCCUCAGCAGAUCCCUGGUCUCCCAGAAGGCUUCCCACAGCUGCCGCCUGAAUUCUUACAGGCCCAGUUUGCCAAAGGUGUGCCGCCUGCACAGAUGAUGCAUCACCCCCCGAUGGUUCAUGAGCCGUAUCCUCCCCCCAAUAUACCAUUGCAUCUGCUGCAGAAUGCCAAUAUUCCUCCCCAGCACAUGGUUCCCCCUCACCAUCAAGGGCCCCCGCGUGCGCAGCGGACCCAGCAGCAGGCGCAACAACAGCAGCCACAGCAGCAACAGACGCCGCCACCGAUGCCCUACCACACGUCGCAGGGUUCACGGGGAACGAAUGGCACACUGCCGUUGAUCACAAACCCUCAGCAGCUGAUGCAGCUGACGGAGGAACAGCGUGUAGCGUACUUGAUGGAAGAUGCGAAGCGUGCAAAGCGCAAUCACAAGAUUUUCCUUCUUUCUAAGGGUAAUGGGCUGAUGACUCCGCAAGACAAGAAUUUCAUCACCCGUAUUCAGCUCCAGCAACUAGUAGCAGCCGCGGGUAAUGUUGCAGGCGCAGACUCGGAGGCUGUCUUAGCUGAGGACUUCUACUAUCAAGUCUACAGCCAGAUCCGAGGUGCGCCCAGACAGCACCCGCAUCAGCCCCUCGGUCAUUUUGCACAAACCUACCUUCUCCAGACGGGUAAUCGUCUCGGUGGUCAUGGAUCCCGACGACAGGCACAGAGUGCCGAUAACCACAUGCAAAGAAUGCAGCAGCAGGUCCAGCGUGCAGUUGAAGCCGCCAAGGCUAAACCGAAAAAUAAGCAACUUAUCAUCGAGGGAAGCUUGGGCAAGAUCUCUUUCAGUAAUGCGAAGACACCAAAGCCAAUGCUCAAUAUCAAGCGCCCCGAGACCUCUGAAGGAGCUAAGGUGACUAAGAAACCGCAUACCGACCUUAGUCUCAGUGACCGGAAGUCUAUCUUAACAAACAUCGAAAGUGUAUAUGACACGUUAAUGGAACUGGAAGAUAUGGAACGCACAAUGCCGCCUCCACCAAACGAAAACGAACCCGAAGCGAUUCAACAGCACAUGGAGUGGCGACAGAAGGUCCACACUCUCAACCAGAAGCUGUGGCAGGAGCUCAAAGUUAUGGAACCUAUCGUUCCCAAUACAAGCACCCCGCACCCCUUCAUUGCAUUCCUUUCGUACCCCAAGGGCAAGAAGGCUAUUCCCCGUAUCUUCCGUCACAUUGAUCAGGAACAGCGGAUUACCAUCCUUACUAUGAUCGUCGUGCAUCUGGAUAGUUUGGACGUGGUUCGGCAUGGACAGCCAGCGCCUGGUGAAACGCAGCCUUCUCUAGCCAUGAGAGAGGCUAUCGAUCUGUUCUCGCAAGCGGUUAUGCCCAGCCUACUGGGUUAUGUUAAUGAGGCUCCAUUCAACAUUAUUAUCGGGCUCUUGGGGUUGGUUAUCGCGCAGACUCAUGUACACAUGGUUGCUAGGACCCGCAUCGGACUAGGCAUUCUGACUAUGCUACUAAGCCGUGCAGAGAUCGUGAAGGAAGCCGGACAGGCCACUGAACGGGACUGGCAACAAUGGGUUGAAAAUUUCAACGUCUUGUUUGACACUCUAGAGCCUACUUUUGGGGACGUCUUCCCUAGCUCUAUCAAUGCAGGCGACGAUAUGUAUGUGUGGCAAUUCUUGGCCGCGGUCGGGAUUGGAGCUAGUCCCGAACAACAACAACGUUUGGUUAUCGCCGUGAAGGAUCGUGUUAUGGAAACCGUGGCGUAUAGCAAGACUCUCCCGGCUGACAUGGCUAGCCAACGACUUGGUAAUGUCAACCUCUUCAUGCGGGCCAUCGGUCUUGAUGUUGAACUGCUCGGUUAGAGAGGGAAUGGCUCCGCAUACCUAUACAUUGUUGAGAGCUGGUGCUUUUAAGACAUGGCAUGGAUAGGCCUCUAUGCCAAAGAAGGCAAAGUAAAAAGUAAUUAACCGGUGCUUGCACCAGCCUGGGAGAGACUCUGUCACCCCAAACCCGGGUUCCUCACGAGCUGUUCGCCAUCCUCGCUUGUGGACCCGGGAUGAAGAAGUGAAUGGCCGGGCGAAGGGUUUGGCUGAGAAGGCCAAGGGAUCAUCCCACUAAUUGGUUAAAGUCAAUGUGUGAGAAAGGAUCAUGAUCAACUCCCCAGGAGUUUGAUGACGCUAGUAACGAUAAGUGAAGAGGGCAAUCGACAAGAUAUUCUCGGAUGAACUUUCCUCUGCGGUCUAUUGUGGUGAUGCCGUAUAUCCAUAUUUGUUUCUAUUCUUUGAAUGUACAUUUCUUUCCCGGUUCU